GUAAGGGUGCUCCGAUUGAUCGGUCGCCGAUCAUAAUCGGCCGAUUAUAGCUUUGGGAUGUUUGAUCGGCCGUCUCUAUAAAGGCCGAUCCAGAAAAGCCGAUCAGAUGACGCAAAACUCGCGAGACGAUUUUUUUACGCGCUGCUAAAAAUGGCUUCACCGGUCUGGCAAUUCUACGUGGUGUGCGAAAAAGAUAAUACAUUAGCAAUCUGCAACGUGUGUACCAAGCAAAUCCCACGAGGCGGAAAGCACGCAAAACAUUUUAACACCACCAACCUCAUCAGACAUUUGAAGGUUAGUCACGUAAAGGAAUAUGAGCAGUUUUCAAAGUUAGCUAGCGCAAAGAGAGAGCGAGACCGUUCAGCAACUCAAGCGCCACUCACUCAGCUGUCAGUAACAGAGACAUUUCAAAGAAAGCAACCCUACAGCAGGGACAGUAAGAAGCAUAAAGAGAUAUCAGACAAAAUAAUGGAAUUCAUUUGCCUAGAUCACCAGCCUCUGUCUGUUGUGGAAGACGAAGGGUUCCAGCGACUCAUGUCCUAUUUAGAUUCACGUUACACUCUGCCAGGGCGUAAAUAUUUCACUGAUGUGUGCCUGCCGCAGUUAUACCAAACCGUGUUUACAUAUGUCGACAGCCUUAUGAAGGACAACAUAACAUCGAUUGGUUUCACUAGUGACAUUUGGAGUGCGAGUGUAUGCCCCAUGUCCAUGUUGAGCCUCACUGCGCAGUUCAUUAAUCAAAACUUCGAACUACAAAAAGUUGUUCUACAUUCUCAAGAGUUUUCAGGGUCACACACCGCAGAGGCUCUUGUUGCUGCAUUCAGCGACAUGUUUCAAGCAUGGGGAAUCCCGAAGGAAAAAGUGCAUGUUAUUCUAAGGGAUAACGCAAAGAACAUGGAAAAGGCCAUGAGGGAUGCCCAUCUACCCAGCCUGCCGUGCAUGGCGCAUUCACUCCAGCUCGCCGUGACCGAGGGAGUCAUGUCACAACGCAGCAUCGCUGAUAUAAUCGCUUCUGGAAGACGCAUCGUCGGUCAUUUCAAACACUCCCCGCUUGCUUACUCACGACUUCAAAGUAUUCAGAAACAACUGGGCCAGCCUAUCAAGAGACUACAGCAAGAUGUACCUACCAGGUGGAACAGUACUGUAUACAUGCUGCAGAGUCUGCUGGAACAGAAACGUGCCCUGUGUGCUUAUGUAGCCGACUAUGACUUACCCUCCAUGUUCACCAGUAGCCAGUGGAAAUUAGUUGAAAAUAUGAUUUCGCUACUCGCCCCAUUUGAAGAGCUCACGCAGCAGAUCAGCUCAUCCACUGCAUCGGCUGCAGAUGUUAUACCAUCCAUCAGAGCUUUAACUCGUCUUCUUGAGAAGACAGCAGAGACUGACCACGGUGUAAAAACUUCAAAAGCCACGUUGUUGGAAGCGGUCCAGAAAAGAUUCCGUGACAUUGAAUGUGAGCGCCUGUAUAGCAUUGCUACAAUCCUCGAUCCGAGGUACAAAGACAGAUAUUUUUCUGACGCAGUCAAGCCCCAGAUACGUGGACUGCUUUCUAAUGUCCUGGCCACUGGAUUGGAGCAGCAGGAUGGUGAGGCGAGUUUGGCUGCAAGCGGGUCCGGACCCCCAGAGAAAGUACCACGAACCGGCUCCUUGCAUGCUAUGUAUGCUGAGUUGUUGGGUGGAGAUCAGGAAUGUGGUAGCAGUGAAAACAGCAGCUCAGCAUCAUUGCAAUUGAAUUUCUACCUGUCAGAGCCAGUUAUCGCUCAAAGUGGACAGCCACUUGUUUACUGGCAGAACAAUAAAAGCCGCUUUCCCGCUCUCGCACAAGCAGCACGCACCUACCUCUGUGCACCGUGUACAAGUGUUGAUAGCGAACGACUUUUUAGCACAGCAGGGAAUAUUAUUGAUGAGAAGAGGAACAAGCUGUCAGCCAAAAAUGCAGAGAUGCUUAUAUUUAUAAAGAAAAAUCUGCCAUUGAUGCUUAAGAAGUAAGCUUUGGGCAAUCUAAUAAUCUCUAUCCCCCCUCUCUCUUUUUCUACCUCUCUCUACCUCCCUAAAUGCCCACAAAAUCUGAAUGAGUAUCUCAGAAAGCUGUUAUAGAUAUACAGAUAUGGAAGUUGUUAGUUAUUAGAAUGUUUUGUUGCUGUGCACUUUACUACCUGUGCUCCUUGAAAUGGUCUUUUACAAUAACCAAUGUCUGACUGACUUAAAACAAUAUUUUGGCUAUAGCCUUUUUUGUUGCAGUUUUAAAAGUAGCCUAAAGCUAAAUUUAAAGUCUCAGAUGUUAUGUCUUAUCUUAUUUUAUUUAUAUAUUCUCCAGGAAAGUUGUAUUAGUCAAGUCCUAAGUUGUUCCUAAUAACCAAACACAUGCUGCUAAGUUAAUUUGUUGGAAAUGUUGCUUCCAAAUAAAUACACAGUUGUCAAUUCAUGAUGCGUUGUCUUCUCUUAAUUGUAAUACUUAAUGUGCAUUGUUGUUAAAUAUUGUUUAAAAAAUUAUGCUACAUGAUAAAUAGAAGGCUUCAAAUAGACCCUGUAAUCGGUGAUCGGUAUCGGUAUCGGGUGAUACAGCUUCCAGCAAUCGGGGAUCGGUGAUCGGCCCCAAAAAUCCUGAUCGGAGCAC